AUGGCCACAGAAGCCCCUGUGAAUAGCGCCCCCCCCGAACGCAGCACUGUUGUCAGCACAGCAGCUGACAGCUUCGUUUGGCAGCCAGACUCACUAAACAUGCACGUCACAAGACCCAAGUCCGCCAAGGGACGUACUCGUCCAAGUCUGCAUAAGCCCGCAGGCACGGAGGGAUGCGGCAGCCUCACACCAUCUUCACCUCCAGCCAUUCCCUGCGAGUCGUCGAGCAGCCAGAAACCGGGAGCCUGCACACCCAAAUCUCCAAAUCAGGGAGCCCCCGAUGAGGUCCUGGAGCUGCUGCAGCAGGUGCCCAUAGGGGCAUCCUCUUCCCUCAAUAAAUACCCAGUCCUUCCUUCCAUCAACAGGAAGACCCUGGAGGAGGGGGCCCUGGAAACAGUUGCUAAAAUGACUGGUUCCCUGAAGCUGAGCAGCACCCAGGCUCUUUACCAAGCGGAGACCUGCACCGUGAAGAUGAGUGAAGAAGAUUCCCGAGCUCAACCUUGUUCCCCGGAGAGGAAAUUCAUCGUGCGGACCAAGAGACAAAGCUCCUACAGGGCCAGAGACCUGGAGGAACCAUCAGAUCAAGAGCCAAGGCUGCUGCUUGCUGUGAGAUCACCAUCAGGACGAAGGUUUGUCCACCAUUUCCGGCCAACUGAUGACUUAUACACCGUUGUCGCCGUGGCCGAACACAAGAACAAGGCCACCUACCGACACUGCAGCAUUGAAACGAUGGAAGUGCCCAGGAGGCAUUUCUCUGACCUCACCAAGUCUCUGCAGGAGUGCGGAAUCCUCCACAAGUCGGUGCUGGGCAUCUCACAGGAAGAUGGGGAGGGAGGGCCCUGA